AACAACAUUAACUUUGAUUGCUACAGUAAUUUUUAAAAACAUUUAUUUUACUUUAUGUUUAGUGCAUUUAAUGAAAAAUCACGGUUACCAUCAUCACCCUCCAGUCAGUCACUCGCAGGAUGGCAGCAGCAGCUCGCGAGUUUCCACUCAGAAUAAUUACACACCCGUGAUCCGCCCUCGAUUCCCCCCUUCUCCCAGCAAACUAGACCUAAGGAAAUAUCCCUCCUCAGCACUGCCCUGUCUGGUUCAGUGAUGGGGCGGUGAGGGUGAGGAUGCCAAAGCGCGACAGUCCAGUUCAAGCUUAUCGAUUUCACUGACUGUCUUUUUUUUCUUUGUGAUUAUCACCAUGUUGCGGGUUGUAGUUGAAUCGGCUAAAGGUUUGCCUAAAAAGAAGCUUGGAAGUCCUGAUCCAAUUGUAUCUGUGAUUUUUAAAGAUGAGAAGAAGAAAACAAAAUCGAUCGACAGUGAGUUGAAUCCUGUGUGGAAUGAGGUGCUUGAGUUUGAUCUGAAGGGAACUCCGCUGGACUCCAGCUCCUACCUAGAUGUGAUUGUGAAAGACUAUGAAACUAUUGGCAAAGAUAAAUUCCUUGGGUCAACCAAAAUCUCUUUGAGAGACCUUGCCUCUGGUCAAAUUAGAUCACUGCCGUCCAAAAAUGUUCCAUUGGUCAGUGAGAGUGGACAGAAUAUUGGAGCUACAAUCAACCUUGUAGUUGCCUAUGAUCCUCCAGCCAAUGCUGCACCAAACCCCAAUGACCCUCAAGCAGGAGAUGCCACAGUGGAUGCUGGUGGCGGUGGUGGUGACGGGGGAGAUGAGGCCGCAGUUGAUGGGAACCAAAGCGGCUCUCCAGGGGUCCCCUCGUCCUCUGGUCAGCCUGCUAAACUCCGCCAGCGGCUUGCCAGGGCGCAGAAUCGCCACCGACUAGUCGAUAAACCUCAGGACUUCCAGAUCCGUGUCCGGAUCAUCGAGGCCCGUCAGUUGCCUGGCAACAACAUCAAACCAGUGGUGAAGGUGAAUGUGUGUGGUCAGACUCACAGGACCAGGAUCAAGAGGGGAAACAACCCUUUCUUUGAUGAGAUAUUCUUCUACAAUGUCCACAUGCUACCAUCAGAAUUGUUUGAACAGAACAUCAGCUUUCGGGUGUAUAACUCCUAUUCAUUGAGGGCUGACAGUCUCAUGGGAGAAUUCAAGCUGGACGUUGGUUAUGUUUAUGACGAACCAGUCCACUGUGUCAUGAGGAAAUGGCUUCUCUUGAAUGACCCAGAUGACUCCAGCUCUGGGGCUAAAGGCUACCUCAAAGUCAGCCUCUUUGUAGUGGGGGCUGGGGACGAGCCUCCGGAGGAGAAAAGGGAGUCUAAUGAUGACCAGGAUGACAUAGAGAGCAACCUGCUGCUGCCAGCUGGUGUCACUCUGCGAUGGGCUACACUGUCGCUGAAGGUGUUCAGAGCUGAAGACAUUCCCCAGAUGGAUGAUGCAUUCGUCCAGACAAUGAAAGACUUUUUUGGAGGAGAGGGAAACAAGAAGAACCUAGUGGAUCCCUUCUUAGAAGCUCGUUUUGCUGGCAGAAAGCUGUGCACACAGAUCAUGGAGAAGAAUGCAAACCCUGAGUGGAACCAAGUGUUGAACCUCCAUGCCAAGUUCCCCUCUAUGUGUGAGCGUGUCAAAAUGACAGUCUUUGAUUGGGAUCGUUUGACUGGAAAUGAUGCUAUUGGCACCACGUACCUGAACCUGGCCAGGAUAGCUUCCUCUGGUGGAGAGAUAGAAGAGGAACAUGCUGGAAAUGGGGAAAUACCGUCAUAUGAAGCGAACACAGGAGAGUCUGAAGUGGGUUUCCUGCCCGUCUUUGGGCCCAGCUAUAUCAACCUGUAUGGCAGCCCCAGAGAGUUCACCGGCCUGCCAGAUCCCUAUGAAGAUCUCAAUUAUGGAAAGGGAGAAGGAGUGGCCUACAGGGGCAGGAUCCUGGUCGAGAUAUCCACUAAGCUAGAGGGGAAAGUGGACAAAACCGUAGACACCAUCCACAGUGAUGACAUCCUGGUGGCGCAGAAGUACCAGAGGAGGAGGAAGUACUGUCUGUGUGCGGUCUUCCACAGCGCCACCAUGAUACAAGAACCUGGAGAACCAAUACAGUUUGAAGUCAGCAUCGGUAACUACGGUAACAAACUGGACACCACCUGCAAACCACUGGCUUCCACCACUCAGUAUAGCUGUGCUGUAUUUGAUGGUAACCACUAUUACUACCUUCCCUGGGCGGGUACCAAGCCGGUGGUUGUGGUUACCUCAUUCUGGGAGGAUAUCAGCCACCGUCUGGACACUGUCAACAUCAUCCUCUACAUUACUCACCGCCUGCAAUCCAACCUGGAGGCAUUUAAAACUGCUAUUUCAGCUAAAGUGUCUGACAACCAACUUGUAGAGGUGUGGCUGAAGUUGCUCAAUCAGCUGAUUGAAGACUUAGAAAGUUUCCCAACACCUGAGCUGGAGGGCCGAUCCAACCUGACAUCUCUGGACAUCCAGUUAAAGAAGCUGCGAGACAGUGCCUUGACCACCAUCAAGGAAGGAGCCAGACGCAUGAGAGAGGAGGCCAGAGAGAUCAGAGACACUCUAGCUGACAUAGAAGCCUGGGCGGACAAACUUAAACUGCUGGCUGAGGAGCCUCAGAACAGCAUGCCUGACGUGAUCAUCUGGAUGUUGCGGGGUGAGAAGAGGGUGGCCUACAGUCGCAUCCCUGCUCACCAAAUCCUGUACUCCACAUACAGUGAGCAGGCUUGUGGACAAGACUGUGGCAAGACACAGACUGUCUUUUUACAGUACCCCAUGGACAAGAACAAGGGCUUGAAGGUGCCAAUUAAGAUUAGAGUGAACAUGUGGCUGGGUUUGUCUGCACAUGAGAAGAAGUUCAACUCUUUUUCGGAGGGAACCUUCAGCGUGUUUGCUGAGCUGUAUGAGAACCAGGCCAAGGUAUUUGGGAAGUGGGGAACCACAGGACUGGUGGGACGCCACAAAUUCUCAGAUGUAACAGGCAAACUGAAGCUGAAACAAGAGUACUUCAUGCCCCCCAGAGGAUGGGAGUGGGAGGACGAAUGGUUCAUUGACCCAGAGAAGGCUCUGUUGACAGAGGCAGAUGCAGGACACACUGAAUUCAUGGAUGAGGUGUUCCAAAAUGAGACUCGCUUCCCUGGUGGAGAGUGGAAGGCUGCCUCUGAGCCCUUCACCGAUGUGAAUGGAGAAAAGAGCUGCAACCCUGGAGAGUUUGAUUGUCCUCCAGGUUGGAUUUGGGAGGACGAGUGGGCUGUUGAUGUCAACAGAGCCGUGGAUGAUCAAGGCUGGGAGUACGGGGUGACCAUUCCUCCAGAUGACAAGCCUCGGUCCUGGGUCCCUGCAGAGAAAGUGUACCAUGUCCACCGCAGGAGAAGGCUGGUCCGACCUCGCAAGAGGGCUGCACUCCCUGCAGGAGCAGCUAUGGAGAGACGAGACCAAGGAGACCCAGAGGGCUGGGAAUUCUCUUCACUGAUUGGCUGGAAGUUCCACAGGAAGGAGCGUUCCUCAGAUACGUUUCGUCGAAGGCGCUGGAGGCGGAAGAUGGCACCAGAGGACCGCCUUGGAUCUGCCAUCUUCCAACUGGAAGGGGCGUUGGGUGUUGAUACAGAGGAGAGAGGCUCCAAGGCCGACGCCACAAAAUUGUUUGGUGCUAACACGCCCACUGUGUCCUGCUUCUUUGACAGGUCAUAUAUGUACCAUCUGCGUGUCUAUGUCUAUCAAGCAAGAAACUUGACAUCUUUGGACAAAGACAGUUUUUCUGAUCCAUAUGCACACGUGUCCUUCCUGCAUGUUAGUAAGACAACAGAGAAGCUGCAAGCAACGCUGAACCCAACCUGGGACCAAACUCUGAUUUUCAAUGAUGUGGAGAUUCAUGGAGAUCCACAGACUUUGGCUCAUCGCCCCCCUGAUGUUGUACUGGAGUUCUACGACUAUGACCAAGUGGGGAAGGAUGAGCUGCUGGGCCGCAGUGUUUGUGCCCCACUGGUGAAGUUGAAUCCAGAAAUAGAUCAGACACCCAAACUGCUUUGGCACCCCAUCAUCCAGAAGGGGCGUCAGGCAGGAGAGGCACUUGUGGCUGCUGAACUCAUCCUUAAAGACAAGUCAGGUGAGUCAGAUCUUCCCCUGGUUCCCCCAAAGAGAGCAGAGAACCUCUACAUGGUUCCCCAGGGCAUCCGGCCUGUUGUGCAGCUCACAGCAAUAGAGAUUCUAGCGUGGGGCCUGAGGAACAUGAAGUCAUACCAGCUGGCCACAGUGUCCUCACCCAGCCUGGUGGUGGAGUGUGGAGGACAGAGGGUGGAGUCAGCCGUCAUCAAGAACAUUAAAAAGAGCCCCAACUUCCCCGGCUCUGUCCUCUUCAUCAAAGUGCUCCUUCCAAAGGAUGAAAUGUACACACCUCCCAUUGUGCUGAAGGUGAUCGACCACCGUCCAUUUGGCAGGAAGCCCGUGGUGGGUCAGUGCACCAUCACGUCUCUGGAGCAGUUCAGAUGCGACCCCUACGUCAUCACUGCAGAGGGAGCCAUGUCUUCCAAAAUGGCUCUCAUGAGGGCAUCUCCUGCCAAACAUGUUGCUAUCAACAUGGAAGAAAACAGACCACUGCUAGAAGCUCAGUUCAUGUACAGCAUGUCAGCUGCUGUCAACAAAAUGGCUUCCCCCCCCUCCCACUUUCAUAUAGAGAAGGAAAAAGAGACAGUUGAUUGGUGGAGUAAAUUUUACGCAUCAACUGGAGAGCAGGAGAAAUGCGGCCCUUACCUCAAGAAAGGAUAUGACACCCUCAAAGUGUAUGAGUGUGAACUGGAGGAUGUCCCAGAAUUCAAAGGGCUGACUGAUUUCUGCAACACCUUCAAACUGCAGCGAGGCAAGAAUGAAAACGGGGAUGACGACCCCUCUGUUGUUGGAGAGUUCAAGGGUUCAUUCAAAGUGUACCCUCUGUCAGAUGACCCAGGUGUUGCUCCUCCUCCCCGUCAAUUCAGAGAGCUGCCAGAAAGCGGGCCUCAGGAGUGUCUGGUCAGGGUUUACAUAGUCAGGGCCAUAGACCUGCAACCCAAAGACAAUAACGGAAGAUGUGAUCCAUACAUGAAAAUAUCACUGGGAAAGAACAGGAUUGAAGACAGAGACCAUUAUUUGCCCAACACCACCAGCCCUGUGUUUGGAAGGAUGUUUGAGAUGACGUGUUUCCUGCCCCAGGACAAGGACUUGAAAAUCUCUGUGUAUGACUAUGAUCUCCUGACCCGCGAUGAGAAAGUUGGUGAGACGGUGAUUGACCUGGAGAACCGCUUCCUGUCCCGGUAUAAUGCCUACUGUGGCCUGCCGCAAAGCUACUGCAUUUCUGGUAUCAACCAGUGGCGUGACCAGAUGAAGCCGUCUGAGAUCCUGGAGAACCUGGCUCGUCUAAAAGGCCUGUCCAAACCCAGGACUGAAGACAAUGGCACAUCACUAACCUUCAAUGGAAAAGAUUACACGCUGGCUCAGUUUGAGGACAACAAGGAAAUUCAUCAGCACUUGGGUCCAGCCAGAGAACGACUCUGUCUGCACGUGCUCAGAACACAGGGACUUGUCCCUGAACAUGUGGAGACCAGGACCCUCUACAGCACCUUCCAGCCAAAUCUCUCUCAGGGAAAGCUUCAGAUGUGGGUGGAUGUUUUCCCCAAAAGCAUCGGCCUGCCUGGAGGUCCUUUUGACAUCACACCACGCAAGCCUAAGAAGUAUUUCCUGCGUGUUGUCAUCUGGAACACCACAGAUGUGACUCUGGAUGAGACCAGCAUCACUGGAGAACACAUGAGUGACAUCUACGUCAAAGGCUGGAUGCCAGGCAUGGAGGAGGACAAGCAGAAGACUGAUGUUCAUUACAGGUCUCUGGACGGAGACGGCAACUUUAAUUGGAGGUUUGUCUUUGACUUCGACUUCCUGCCAGCGGAGCAACUUUGCCUUGUGUCCAAGAAGGAGAACUUUUGGAGUCUUGACAAAACCGAGUUCAGGAUUCCCCCCAAGCUGAUUGUUCAGAUAUGGGAUAACGACAAAUUCUCACUGGAUGAUUACCUUGGUACACUGGAGCUGGAUUUGCGUAACCUGAUUCCUCCUGCAAAGACCCCAGAGAAGUGUUCUCUGAAGAUGAUGGAUGUUCUGGAAAUGGAAGUUCCACACAAGAUGGAGAAUGCCAAGUCUCUGUUUGCUCAACAGUCAGUCAGAGGCUGGUGGCCCUGUUCCAUCGAACAGGAUGGGAAGAAGGCCCUAGGUGGCAAAGUGGAGAUGACAUUGGAGAUUGUCAGUGAAGCAGAUUCAGAUGAGAAACCGGCAGGAAGAGGCAGGGACGAACCCAACAUGAACCCAAAACUGGACCCUCCGAAGCGCCCAGAAACAUCUUUCUUUUGGUUCACCAACCCCUGUAAGACCAUGAAGUUCAUUGUGUGGCGAAGGUUCAGGUGCCUCUUCAUCGGACUCAUCAUUCUCUUCAUAGUGCUUCUCUUCCUCGCCAUCCUGUUGUACUCUUUACCGAACUACAUCUCCAUGAAGAUAGUGAAUCCACUAAGAUAACGCCACAGUGGAGGAAAUGGUGGUUAAAAUGUCGACGAGAUCACAAUAACUGGGCACAACUACUGCUAAACCAUCAAUAUCUUUUUUACUGCAUAUAGUGUUUUAUAAAAGGUCUAACUAAAUGGGAAGGGGUGCUUGCACAUUUGCACUAUAUCAACAUAUCUUAUCAUGAUCACAAACUGUGACAGACUUGUGAGCAAUACAUUGGAGAACAGGACGUCUAUCUGACUGACUGCUUAUCACACACACACUGAGUGGUCAGAAAAUAGAAACUGUACACUGUAAUGAAAUCCAGUAUGUAACACUCACAUUUUUUUUUGUUUGCUGACACUGUAUGAAAGGUGUUGAUUGAACUUUAUGGGGAUUUUCAAGCUGUUGUUAGUGCACAUUAUUGUAAGGGGUUUCUGUAUAAGCAUACUUUAUAUAAAUGAGGUGACAAACAACAAUCAAUGAUGAUAGGUUUCACCAAGGUAGUAUUUAUUGCAGGACAGUUGUAUUUGAUUUCAUUACAGUGUAUGUAAGUUUCUAUUUUUCUGGUCACUCAAAGUAAUCCUGCCAAAUACCAGUAAAGAAAGAUUUAUUACCAACAGUCAUGUCAAGUGUGUCUGUCUUUUGUAUAUUACAAUUUAACAUUUUAUAUUUUAAAUUAAAUAUAAUAAACUUCA